AUGCCGGAAGCGUUGGAUAGACACACGUUCAAAGUGUUCAACCAGGAUUUUACGGUUGAUAAAAGAUUCCAACUGAUCAAAGAGAUUGGUCACGGCGCGUAUGGAAUAGUGUGUUCUGCUCGGUUUACAGAGGCAGCCGACGAAACCAACGUGGCCAUCAAGAAGGUGACGAACAUUUUUGCCAAGACUUUACUGUGCAAACGGUCACUACGAGAGCUCAAACUACUACGACACUUUAGAGGCCACAAAAAUAUAACAUGUCUGUAUGACAUGGACAUUGUUUUUUCGCCGGACUCGACUUUCAAUGGACUUUACCUUUACGAAGAAUUGAUGGAAUGCGAUGUUCAUCAAAUCAUCAAGUCGGGCCAGCCUUUGACCGAUGCGCAUUAUCAGAGUUUCAUUUACCAGAUUUUAUGCGCUUUGAAAUACAUUCACUCUGCAGACGUUCUCCAUAGGGAUCUCAAGCCUGGGAACUUGCUGGUGAAUGCUGAUUGUCAAUUAAAAGUCUGUGAUUUUGGUCUUGCACGGGGGUACUCUGAGAACCCUGUGGAGAAUAACCAAUUUCUGACCGAGUAUGUCGCCACUAGAUGGUACAGGGCACCUGAGAUUAUGCUGAGUUACCAAGGCUACACCAAGGCUAUUGACAUGUGGUCGUGUGGUUGUAUCUUAGCAGAACUGUUGGGCGGCAAACCCAUUUUCAAGGGAAAGGACUAUGUGGACCAGCUUAAUCGAAUCUUACAGGUACUGGGAACACCUCCAGAAGAAACGUUGGAACGCAUUGGGUCCAAAAAUGUUCAAGACUAUAUCCACCAAUUGGGCUAUAUUCCGAAGGUACCCUUCUCGGUCUUAUACCCACAAGCCAACGCUCAAGCUCUAGAUCUACUUGAAAAGAUGCUGGCGCUCGAUCCGCAAAAAAGAAUCACGGUUGAAGAAGCCCUAGAACACCCUUAUUUGAGCAUAUGGCAUGACCCCAGUGACGAACCUGUUUGCAGCGAAAAAUUCGAUUUUGGUUUUGAAGCUGUUAACGAAAUGGACGAGCUCAAACGAAUGAUACUUGAGGAGGUCCAGGAUUUCCGCCAGUUUGUAAGACAGCCAUUGAUAGAAGAAGAACAAGCGCAGCAGCAGAAGAACCUGCAACAGACAGAGCAACAAGAAAGUGAUCUAUUACAGCAGCAAAACCGGCGUCCUCGUCACCGACAACAGGAUCAGCGUCAAUACCACGGAAAUGACCAGCAAGAAGUUCCAAACUCGAAGCAAGCACAGGAAGUGCCACCUUGUGAUUACACGGCAGAAGCGCAGCCACCACUGGGUGGUACAUAUGGGGACGGAGGCUUCAAAUCGCAUGCUGUUUUCGCGCAACAGCCAGUGGCCAUAUCUCCUGACGUACACGACCAAUUCAUAGGCAUUCAUUCCGGCGAUCUACCAGACCACAACAUGGAUUUUCCGCCUCGUCCACAUGAAAAUCUGCUUGCAUCACCAUUGGGCGGUAACACAAACCCACUGGAUCCUUCUGCGUUGGACGAUUUUCUGGACCUUGAGAAAGAGUUAGAGUUUGGUCUCGAUCGCAAAUAUUCUUAG